GACGAUGAAAUUAGCGUGUAGUUUUUAGCGAGUGUCGUCACCGAGAGGAUCGAAAAAAGCUGCAUUUUUUUAACUACCUAAUUAUCGAAUCGGUGGUGCGGUGCGGUACAAUCGAAAAGCCGUCGCGUAAGAAGACGUUGAUUUUUUUUGGAUCAUAGGUGCAAACACGCGGUCUUGCGGAUCGUUGUUAAAUUUAACGCCGGGAUAUCAAUUGGAUUUAAUAUCAAAAAUUCGAUUAUGCUCUUGAACAGCCGUCGUGGAUAACAUAAAAUUGUAUUUUUUUUUCGAAUGACCAGUCAUUGGGUUUUAAACUUUUGUGCAAAUUGUAUAAAAAUAAGCAGUGAUCUUAUUUGCCAAAAAAAAAAUCCGUCAAUACGUAACAGAAUUGUGUUGCAAAGGUGAACCUUAUCUACGGGCUGAUACGUUGUUAUCGCGAUUCUGAAGUAUCUUUAAAAUUUUCUAAAUUGAAUGUUUUUUUAGCAGCCUUUGAUUCGAGACUUCCGAAAGCGGCUUUCCGUGUGUUUCGCAUUUAUUGGCAUAAUUAAUUACGACCUGUUACGACAUUUGACCGAAUUUGGCAUGUGUACCCCAUUGAAAUUUGGUCAGACGUCGCUGAAGGUGGUUGGCAAAAAAUAAUAAAACGCACAGGAAGAGAGAAGCCAAGCGUGUGUGCGUGCGUAGUAUUCCUUUCCUCUUUUGUUGUGCGGUUUUCUAAACACACCAGUAAAGCUCUCGCACUCAUCCUCACUUUCAGUAACCGUGCGCGUGGUGGUGUGUGUGUGGUGUGUGCUCGCUCGGGUGUAAUUUUUCUUCCAUACCUGCAAUCCGGUGUACGGUAGUGUGCGUGUGCAGCGCAGUGCCAUCGAGCUAAGCGACGGCGAGUGACAGAACGUUUUUGACAACGCAAAAGAACAAAACAGCCUCGUCCGUCGAAUUUCACCAAACAAACCGCGCCAUUAUUGUGUGAUUUUUCGGAAAAAUAUUCGCACUUUUUUCGCUUUCGGAGAAAACGGAAAAACAUUAGUUCAGUGCUCAAAACCCUCAGGUGUUCUUUAACGGCAUUUAUUUUGAUAGGAUUUUUCAUCGAGUUUGAGUGCAGUUUGGUGGGAGAAAAAACGGCAAAACUUGUUUUCAUUGCUGUGUCUGCUGAGGGAAAACCCCGAGAGUUGCGGAUUCCGGGAAUUCAGCCCUUGUAGCACCGGAGGAAUGUGAAGAAAAAUUGCGGUGAAUAAUAGUUAGUGUGUGGUAAAGAUCUUUUCAGUUACCGAGCUUAACUGCAAAGAAGACUUAAAAAUCAGUGUUCAUUCCUUAGUGGCGUAGCGUCGAAGGACGGUGAAAAGUUCCGAGGAAAAGUAAAGUGAUAAAUUGCGCCUGCAGGAAUUUCCGAGGCAGUGUGGAAAAUAGAAGAAGAGUAAAUAUAGAAAAAAAAAACAGUAAACACACGGCGACACCAAAAUGGCUGGUGUUUUUGAUCUGGAAUUACACGACGAAGACAACAUCCGUGACUCCGACGAUGAUGUUAUCGAGGUCGAUGAUGUCGAUCUGGAGCCAGAGCUACACAUCAACAGCAACCUGGAUGCGGAAGGUUCAGAAACCAUCCCCCUGUCAGAGGAAAUCGUCAACCCGGGCCGGAUGAAGCUCGGUCCACAGGACUUCGAACUGAAGAAAGUGCUUGGGAAAGGCGGCUACGGAAAAGUCUUCCAAGUCAAAAAAACAACCGGUGCCGACUCAAACUCCUACUUCGCCAUGAAGGUGCUGAAGAAAGCUUCGAUAGUUAGGAAUCAAAAAGACACAGCCCACACACGUGCAGAGCGAAAUAUACUGGAAGCGGUGCGGCAUCCAUUUAUUGUUGAAUUAGUGUACGCCUUCCAGACAGGUGGAAAAUUGUAUUUAAUCCUAGAGUAUCUCAGCGGAGGCGAGUUGUUUAUGCAUUUAGAACGUGAAGGAAUAUUCCUAGAGGACACCACUUGCUUUUACCUGUGUGAAAUCAUCCUCGCGCUAGAGCAUUUGCACAAUCUUGGCAUCAUCUAUCGGGAUCUGAAGCCGGAGAACGUACUGCUGGAUGCCCAGGGCCACGUCAAGCUGACCGAUUUCGGUCUCUGCAAGGAACACAUCCAGGAGGGAAUCGUCACGCACACUUUCUGUGGUACUAUUGAGUAUAUGGCACCUGAAAUCCUAACAAGAAGCGGUCACGGCAAAGCAGUAGACUGGUGGUCAUUGGGUGCUCUAAUGUUUGACAUGUUAACAGGAAUGCCCCCAUUCACAGCAGACAACCGCAAGAACACGAUAGACGCUAUUCUCAAGGGUAAACUGAACAUCCCCGCGUACCUGGCGGCAGAUUCGCGAGAUCUCAUCCGCCGGCUCAUGAAGCGUCAGGUGUCGCAACGUCUCGGUAGUGGACCCUCGGACGGGCAAGCAGUGCGAUCACACUCAUUCUUCAAGAACGUCAAUUGGGAUGACGUUCUGGCCCGACGAUUGGAUCCACCGAUAAAGCCCGUUUUGCGAAGCGAAGACGACGUCUCACAGUUCGACACCAAAUUCACCAAACAGAUACCGGUCGACUCGCCCGACGAUUCUACGUUGAGUGAGAGUGCCAAUCUAAUCUUUCAAGGAUUCACAUACGUCGCCCCGUCGGUCCUAGAAGAGAUGCAACAGCCACGAGUUGUUACGGCACGGUCACCACGCCGAACGCCACGACAGCACCACGGCGGCCACCACCACCACCACAUCAGCAGUCACAGUAGUCACCACCAUCACCAUGGACACAAUCAUCGGCUGGGGAUGGAAAACGGUGCAAUCACCCUGGAGGAUGAACAGAUGCUGAGUAUGCCCCGCUCACAAGCGAUACCCGGCCAUGGCAAUCACCAGCACCAACAGUCAAUGCCGCACCAUAUGGUGUUCCAGUCACAACAGCAGCAGCAGCAGCAACAGUCACAACCUCAACAGCAGCAACAGCAACAGUCAGCGUCAAGGAGCACGCAGCAGCAGCAGCAGUUCGUGGCCGGACCAAACGUGCGGCAUACGCCGGUCCAUUUACAAUCGUUUGCCCCACGACCUUCGCCUCAGGACGAAAUGAUGGAAGUGUAUCCGGAGCUGCCGAUUUCAUAGCCUAGAAUGGAAUACAACAAUUUUAGAAGAUUUAUAAUAUAAUAAAAAAAGGAAAAUAUUAGUAGUCUAAUUCCCCCGAGAGUUGAAACAACAAUUGGAGAAAAACAGCAAAAGUAAGAGCAGCAACAGUUUUUGUACUACAUAAGGCGCGCGUCAACCAAUAAUAAUACACUGAUGAUGAUCCAGCAGAACCGAGAAGGCAGCAACAGAAACAACAGUAACAGUAAGUGCAUAUUUGUAGAGCGAGAAAUAAUUGUACAGAGUAUAUAGUGGAGGAAGCAAAGCAAAAAUUAGCUGAUACCGUAACAGCACCAUAUUUUGAAAAAAUGAUUUAUUUUUAUUUUUUUUAUUUAAAAGAACUGUUUAUUUUUGGUUUCGUUUUUUUUUUUCUUGUACCAAAGUAUGAAUGAGCAAAAAUGGUUUUUGUUCCAAAACAUAUGAUUGAAAAUUGUUAGGUUAGUACUUUCUUUUGUCGAAUCAAUACCGUUAACAACACCGUUAGAUUUCUUAAACUGCUUGAACAACGAUUAUCAUUAAUUUUACAUAUAAAUUACCUACACUUUACAUUGUUUGUUUAUUUUCGAACAUUGGUUAAAAAAAUUAAACUUCAACAUUUUAUUUAGUUAACCAACGAGUUAAUGAGCAUUACCCUUCAGGAGCUGAAAGGGGCCUUUUUUGCUCUAUCUCUAUACAUUUAUCAUACAAUUUGUGUUUAUAAACUUUAUUAUCAGACUCAUUAAGGAACAAGCUUCCAAGUUAUUUUUUUAUGUUUCUGAUAAUUGAUUGAUUCAUUGUUAAAUAAAGAUCUCCAAACUAAAAGACACACAAUUGGUACUAACUAGUAUCUAUGUACUGAAGCCCUUUUCCCUGGAGACUCAGUGACGACUUUGAAAUGUGGUGCUUUCACGGUAGCUGCAUAACUUUGCGUGUGAGAUAAAGAAGAAAAAAACAAAGAAGUUUGGCUGAGUGAACAGGCAAUAUUUUACGCGAUUGACCACUAUUGAAGGAAAAAGUACUGUUCGAGCAAAACAAAAAUACGGCACACAUGAAGCAAAAUUUAUGGUGAGAGCGCUUGAAUGAGAUUUGCGACGAUGUGUGAAUUAAGAAAAAUACUGUUGAAGUUUCCAUUUUUGAUCGUCGUUUUCCAAUACGUUCGCUCGACGAACGAAUCAAAAUGUAUUGAUACCAACAUUUUAUAGUCGUGAAUGAAUGGUGUCUAGCUAAAACUGUAUUACGCAUCUUGACAAUUCAAAAUCUGAUGAUCAUCAAACUGAAAAUAGCCUGAAAAAAAUUAUCGGUAUCAGUUGUUCAAAGCAGGGUUUGAUUUAAAAAAAAACAGUGCUGCCAUCUAUGUGAGUGUGAACAGGCAUAACGACUGCAUGAACUACUGACAAAUAGAUGGCGGCUUCAAUGUUUGAAUCAAAACAUGUCUUAAACAACUGGUUUGGAAUAUGUUUAGCAGAUAAGCGUGCAGAAAAGCUGUAUAAAGUUUGAAAUUGUUAUAAAAUUCUCCUUUUCUGCAAUGAAAAAAGUGUGUAAAAGUCGUUAGAAUUAACAAAAUUACAAACAAAAAGUGGAAUCUAGUGCGAGAAUGAUCCGAACCGAUUCACUGUCAAAGAACAUUCGUCUUUUGUUGUUUAAAUCUUCUACCUAUUGUUUAACUAAAACCGAAUGAAAAAUUAUAAAUGACUUAUUACCGUACGAUGUUCGGGCGCGCGAAUAAACCCUCGCGACUGGUGGACACACACUACUAUUACUAUUACUACACUAUGUACUAAAAACAAAACAUACUAUUACACAGCUAAACGUUAAGUUCCUCAAAUGUAAAAGUAUAAAACUGGUAUCCCAUAAACACCCACGAUCGGUGGGCCGAUGGAAGCAACUCAAUGUUGAUUAAAAAAAAUUAAAUAUAGGUACUAUUGCAAAAUCGAAAUCGAGAUGGAAAAGGUAGGAUAAAUCAAAAGUAAUCAUUUGGCAAGAGUUUCCAAAGUUCGCAAGUAAGCACUAAAUCAAAGCUUUAUAUGAGAAUUUCUAAUGGUUAUCAGCUUUAGGCCUACUUUUGCUACUUAUAAUAAGCUUUGGUUUGAGUCUUACCAGUCGAUUAAGAGCUUCGUAAGCAUUAGCAAUCCUGGAUAAAAUGUUACAUGCAGGGUUGUAAAUGACGUUAACUUCUUCAAUGGGAAUUUGCAUUGAAGACGAUAACGACGGCGUUAACGUCAUUAAGAACCCUGGUUACAAGCAUUAGAAAUGCCGAUGUAAGGUUUGAAUUCCUAGUGUUUACAGCCACUUGGAUCGUCUAAAUUCCUCCAACCACGUUUUAGGGAAAGGCAAAGAACACAUAUUAAAAAAGGCACGAUUGAGAUUUUUCAUUUCUGUUAAUUAGGGCAAACGAGUGAACUAAAGGAAACAUGUAGGAAGCGAAAUGCAAAAUGGGAAGGAUUUAUUUUUGUUACAUAAAUACGCAAUGUUUUAGCAGCAGCAGCAGCAGCAGCAGUGGCACCGACUAGAAAGGAGUAGGAAACCAAACCGAAAGGUGUGAAUCGUAAAGGAAACAAAAACAAAAACGUUUAAGCAAAGCAACAAAAUAGGACGAGUUUUUUUUUUCUUAUAUAGUUAGGAAGCCUGACAAUGUAACCUUCUUUAGCCAAAUAUCCCUCCAAAAAAUUGAAAAUAAUAGUUAUUUUAAUCACUAGCUCGAUGAUGGCGAAGGGGAAGCAAGAAGGAAGAAUAAUCAUUCUACAGAGGGACACAGCUAGGCAAACAAGCAACACAAGAGUGGGAAAUGACCAAUAGUUUGUUUUCUCUUAAACAAAAAAAAUAA